UGCAACGAAAGGGAGAUAAUAAACGCACUUAAAAUGUCGGUUCUUGUUGAAACUUCGCUCGGAAAUAUUACAAUUGAUUUAUGGACUGAUGAACGACCAAAAUGUUGCAAAAAUUUCCUGAAGUUAUGCAAGAUAAAAUACUACAACUUCUGCCUCUUCCAUUCAGUUCAGCGGAACUUGGUAGCUCAGACAGGCGAUCCCACUGGCACUGGAAAGGGUGGGGAGUCCAUAUACGGUCUUCUGUAUGGAGAGCAGGCCAAGUAUUUUGACAUGGAGAAUGUCCCCAGGAUGAAACACAAGACCAUCGGAAUUGUUUCCAUGGUAAAUAAUGGUGGACACAUGCAUGGAUCUCAGUUUUUCAUCACACUUGGUGCCGGUCUGGACUACCUGGAUGGAAAGCACACAGUUUUUGGUGAGGUUGCUGAGGGAGACGAUGUCCUCGCCAAGGUCAACGAGUCAUUCUGUGAUAAGGAACACAGGCCGUACAAGGAUAUCAGGAUCCUGCACACUAUAAUCCUUGAUGACCCGUAUGAUGACCCACCUGGCUUGGAGAUUCCAGACAGAUCACCUGAACCAACAAAAGAGCAGCUAGAUAGUGGCCGUAUUGGUAUGGAUGAGGACAUAGAUGAGUUUGAAGGUAAAACAGAGGUUGAGGUUCAGGAGAUCAUGGAGGAACGGGAGGCCCGUGCCAACGCACAGAUUCUCACCAUGGUUGGAGAUCUACCAGAGGAAGAUUGUGCGCCGCCUGAGAAUGUGUUGUUUGUGUGUAAGCUGAAUCCUGUCACCACUGAUGAGGACCUGGAGAUCAUCUUCUCAAGAUUCGGAGCCAUAAAGAGUUGUGAGGUUAUUCGUGACCAUAAAACAAAGGAAUCCCUGCAGUAUGCCUUCAUAGAGUUUGAAGAUGAGAAGUCGUGUGAGAAUGCCUACUUCAAGAUGGACAAUGUACUGAUAGAUGACCGACGUAUCCAUGUCGACUUCAGCCAAUCGGUCUCCAAGAUCACAUGGAAAGGAAAAGGAAGGAUAGAAUAUGCCAAGGGUUUUAAUCCAAAGGGGGAUGAUGGGGACUUCUACUCCAACUACAAAAUCAAGGACAACUCCAGGAAGGACUCGCGAUAUGACCUUGUGUUUGACGAGGGGGAGACGGUACAACAGAGCAAGAAGAAGAAGAAAAAGAAGGCCAAACUCCGUGAGUCUUCCAGUGAGGAGGAGCAACACAAGGCUUCCAAACCUAAGAAGCACAAAAAACGGGUUUCACGCAGUCCAGAGAGACCAUUAAGCAAGAAGAAACACAGAGAUGUCUCCAGCUCACCAGAGAGAAAGUCAAAGGUCAAACAUCGAAAGCAGAGGUCAAGGUCACAUUCAAGGUCACCAGUUAGAAGGAGGAGGUCAGGGGAAAAGGUGUCAAAAGACAAGCAUCGUCGAUGAUGCGAUCAAGCAAUUCUUGUCAUACAUUGUAUCCAUAUUUCAUAAGUUAUGUAAGACACUCAUAAAUAUUCAUGUAACAAUCACGUUUUGUAAAACAUAUGUACAUAUGGCAUCUGCAUAUAAAAAAAAUAAAAUAUC